UAAUCCUAAAGCUUGAGUUGAAUAGAGUGGCGUCAUUUAGUCCCUCUAUGAAAAUUAUUAUGGGAGAAAACAAAUGGGACCAUUAAGUUUGGGGUUAGAAAGAAAAAGUAAAUCACACAUAUCAUGCGGGUAGCUUUACAGUUCAUUUGGAACAUAUUUAGUCCGGUACGACCAUACCAAACCAUUUCAACCAAUUCCAAUGGUGUUUGUUCAAAGCAAAUUAAUCAAAGCUGCUCUGCUCUCUUCUCUUUCACCAAUCUCAACAUUUCCCAUAUUGUUCUUUUUGUAAUAAGAGUUUAUAGGACAAUUAACUACACCCUUAGCUUUAAUUAAUCAUCAUCUUCUUCCAUCAGCUAGCUCUAGUAUCAUGAACAUGGACAAGAAACAGUCUUUCUUGAGUAAUGAGGAAGAAGUAUUGCAGAUGGAUAAAGCAGAAUCAGUCAUUUCAAUCCCUAAGGGCCAGAGUUCCUCUGGAGGAAAAACAGGAGAAAUAACACAAGCUAAAAGUGGAAAGAAACCAGACAUUUCUCUGGAAAUACCUCCAAAAUAUACUCAGCAGAGUUCAUAUGAAGGGAGCGAACAAAUUAGGACGCGUUUGACGCCUACCCAAACUGGAAAGAAAGUUAAUUUCCAUUUGAAUCCGAAUCCUUCUGAUAAGAAGGUUCAUGGAUCUCCAGGCCAAUUACCUCCAAGAGUCAGCAAAUCAUCUUCAUCAUCCAAACGGAACUUACUGCCCAAACUCAACUUCAUGUCCAAUAACAGUGGCUCUAAUCACUUGGAAAUGGAGAAGCCAAGCCCAGAAAAUGAAUCGGGUCAAGAAGAGAAUAAGGGGGUCUCCAUUUCGAGAUCUUGGUCUCUGUCGAAAAUGUUUGCGCCGGGAAUAAGGAGGACGUCCUCUUUACCCAUUUCUAAGAAUGGGAAAUUGAUGUCCGGUGGGGGAGGUGUUGUGAUGGGUGGUAAUAGUAAUGGUGUGGCGGCGGCCGCCAUCAGUGCUUCUCCGACUUCUUCGAAAGGAACACAGCAAGUGCAUAUACACCGUUCGAUUUCUCUCCCGGUGGUGAAUAAAGAAGGAAGCAACCGCAAAGGGGAAGCUUUCUUUCGGGUCAUUCCAUCAACGCCUUGUUUGAAGGAACCAGAUUCCAUUGCUCCAUCCACUGUUCCGGCGGGAGAUUCUGCAGAAGCGAAUGAGGAUGGCGGCGAGGACAUAGGCGAAGAAGAGGCGGUUUGUCGAAUCUGCUUAGUCGAAUUGUGCGAAGGGGGCGAGACGCUGAAGAUGGAAUGCAGCUGCAAAGGUGAAAUGGCGCUGGCUCACAAAGAAUGCGCCAUUACAUGGUUCAGUAUCAAAGGAAAUAAAACCUGUGAUGUCUGCAAACAGGACGUCCGCAAUCUCCCUGUCACUCUACUCCGUAUUCAAAGCGUUAGAAACCCAAUUUCUGUUGCAACUAUGCUCACUGAAAUGGAAAUAAAUGGACACAGGGUCUCACAAGAAGUGCCCAUUCUUGUCAUUGUAAACAUGCUUGCAUACUUUUGUUUUCUUGAACAACUGCUGGUUGGGAAGAUGGGUACUGGGGCAAUUGCUAUAUCACUGCCCUUCUCUUGUGUACUUGGCCUCCUUGGGUCUAUGACAUCUUCAACAAUGGUAUUGAAAAGAUUUGUAUGGGUGUACGCAUCAGUCCAAUUUGCAUUCGUGGUGCUAUUUGCACACAUUUUCUAUUCUCUGGUUCAUGUGCAAGCAGUUCUUUCGAUUCUUCUCUCAAUAUUUGCAGGCUUUGGUGUGGUAAUGGGUGGAAGUUCCAUUCUUGUCGAGUAUUUCAGAUGGCUAAGAAGGCAUCGUACUUUACCUCCUCCAGGCCGGUGGCCGUAAAUGUUUGAUCUCGCUGGUUAAUAGAUUUAUUGCUUUGAUGUCCAAGUGGUGUGCGAAAUAUAUAUGGAGCACUUAACCUAUUCACUACGGACCACGUACAUUGGCAUGAUAAAUGGCUCGGAUUCUCUCACAUUUUUAGAUGAGUGAAUUUGAACCGUUUAUCAUGCCAAUGUGCUCUGUAGUGAGCACGUUGACGACUUGACAUGCUCUAUAUAUUUACUCGAGUGGUGUGCAUUAUACAAAAGAGUAAAUAUCAAUUUUGGUCAAAUGACUUUGGUGCAUGUAUAGACUCAUGAUCAUAUACCUUUUGGUCUUUUGUCUGCAUUUCCCAGCGAAAGUUAAAAUGAAUGAUUAUAUUAUGAGAUGUAUGCUCUAAAGGACAUCAUGUUCAAAGCCCUUGUUAUUCUAAAGGGCAGAAAUUUACUCUUAUUAAGGGAAUAAAAAACAUUUUUACUCCUAUUUAG